AUAUUCUAGUGAAUUCGAGUUGUCAGAUAUGCUAAUGUGUUGUCGUACAUUAAGAGCUAUGCUGUCAUAAAUACAAUGCUAACAGCCGACCUAAGCGACUUAAGAAACCAUAGGAUCCUUAAAUUGUUUUAAUUACGGCUUCGAAGAGAAUCAUUUGAGAAUAUAAUGGCCUCAAAUUGCUUGAAUUUGCUGUUUUUCAGGUCCACUGUAAUCUUAUUUUUGCACUUCUGACUGAUGUCUUGAAAAGUGACAAGCUUGAAAAAGUUGAAGGUUGGAAAUUUUGACUAGAGAUGACAUCACUGUGGCUUCAAUCGUUGCUGAUCACGUGUCAUUUAAUCUGCGUUGCCAUAGCAACUAAAACAUUGUAUAUAGGAGGGUUAUUUGACUUCAAUGCUAAUGACGCCCAGAGAAUAAUUUCUGCCUCUCAGGCAGCCAUACAAGAGAUUAAAAGCAAUUUAUUUCUACYGGGAUACAACCUGGAACUACUCGUCAACGACACACGGGAAURUGAUUUCACUUCUGCAUCAGGUGUCUAUAACUACCUGAAUAGCGGUCCAAAGAAAAUUAUGCUGCUGGGACCUGCUGAUAAUGAUAUAGCAAAGGCCAUAGCACAUCAUGCUGGGGCGCCAUCAUAUGGAGUGUUACAGUUUUCCUAUGGCACCAACGAUUUGUAUUUAUCCAACUAUCGUGGUCUGUAUCCAUAUUUCUUUCGUACAUCCAUCUCUAUGGCAACAUUUGAUGACCUUAGAAUAGCAUUCUUGAAAUUCUACGGCUGGACAGAAAUUGGAAUUGUGUAUGGGGACAGUAUAAACGAAGCGAAGCUUUCAAACAAUCUAAAGACUCGCAUCGAAAGCCAAUCAAGUACAAAAGUUAUUGCCGAGAUUAGGCUGCAGGCGAAUGAUCCUGAGAGGGCUGUCAGAACCAUUCAGGAUAAAAAUAUUCACGUGAUCAUUGGUCUCUUUCCAUUGGAUAUUGCAGCUAGAAGAUUAUUUUGUCAGGCACAUAGGCAUGCUCUGUAUGGACCACACUACAUAUGGAUUCUUCAAAUGGCAAGAAACAACGRUUGGUGGAAUCCUAGACCUGGUGAAGAUAUUGGUGGCUGUCAAAGCAUCGAGAUGACUUGUCAGAUAAGAAACUACUUUUCUGUUAAACCAGCCAACGAGGAUUAUGAGAGCUCUAACAUUUUCAGUCAUUCUAAAAAGGAUACGAGUACCGUAAAGAAUAAUUUGCGUUCCGAAGGCAACGUCACAACCGUCGAUGACGUCAUGAUGUACGCGUAUGACGCAGUGUGGUCUAUUGCGCAUGUUUUGAAAAACUCAAAUGGUACAUUAGGAAAGCCACUGGAAAACGUGACAUAUGGGGACACAUCUACAACUAGUGUGUUUUACCGCGAAGCCUUGAAAUUGGAUUUUGGAUCUCCYAAACUGGAAAAAGUGCGUUUCUACGAAAACGGCGACAGAAAAUUUGACAUGUCAGUAGAACAAGUCGUCAUCAAAGAUGAAAACAGUAACCCAGUCAGCGAAGAUGCUGGUACAUACUCCUUAACUACAAUAACCGAGACUCGUGACACUCGUUAUAUUCACCGUGCCUUGUUCGGUGCCAUGAUAUUCCUGGCCUGCCUGGGCAUCCUGUACGCAUUGGUGUGUUUCAUUGUCGUAGUGGUGUUCAGAAAACAAUCCAUAAUUUGGAACUCAAGUCCUAUCAUCAACAUUAUUAUAAUCUUGGGGUGCAUACUAAACUACAUCACUAUCAUACUGUACGCCUUCGACUGGACAACCACUGCCAAUACUGCAAGCUUUUGCAGGGCUCGAGCCUGGACGUUUGCCAUUGGGUUCACAUUGUCGGUUGGAGGCCUGGUAGCCAAGCUGUGGAUCGCUUAUUGCGUAUUGAGUGAACGCUUUGUUCGACGUUGGAGGAACAUUUUAAUCUGGAUGUUGGCAAUCAUCCUCUUCUUAUUUAUCUUGGAUUUGAUUAUCRUGGGAUGUUGGGAAGGGUUGGAUCCACUUUACGCUACGAUGGAGACAUACAAAGAACAAGAAGAAUAUAAGUGCUUCCAGCCAAUCACAGACAAGACGUUCAACGCCUAUUACUACACCGUAGAACAUUGUACAUGCCGUACUCCGUUGGCAUGGUUACUUAUCAUUCUUAUACUCAAGUUCCUGGUGGUGAUAUUUGGUGUGUUCCUGGCAUGGCAGACACGAAAGCUCUACAUCAAGUCGUUGAAUGAUACCCAGUACUGUGCCUUCUGUUUGUUCGUCGUCUUCUUCUUUGUAGUAUUUGGUGUCUUGAUUGCAUUACUUACCACUGGCUUUCCAAACGUGUUCUUUUCUAUCGUUGGGAUCUUUUUGUUUCUGUGUACUACUAUCAUCCUUGGACUUCUUUUUAUACACAAGUUGGCACGAGUUGUAUGCAAGCCAAGACGUGGUAAACGCAUCCUUGUGACGGGAGCUGAUUCCGACACCGAAUCAACAUCCUCAGCAAAAAACUGCUYGUGUUGUGGAUUAUCUGGUGCCUGUUGCAUCGCGUGUUGUGGAUGCUUCCCGUGCUGUAACAUGUUCUUAUGCUGCAGGUCAUGUUGUCUGGGCUCUAAGAUCCAUCCCAGUGAAUCCAGUAGUGAUGAUAAGACGGAGUUCUAUAUCGCAGGCCACGCUCAGGAUAAAGAAGGCCAAAUUGCUUAUCUAUUGAGGAAAAUACAUGAGCGGGAUGAGGARCUUGCAAGACUUCGACCCAAACACACCUGUACAUCCAUGUGGACCCAGACAAACGAAGACGACAUGGAAGAAUACCUGAAACGUGAAGACGGCGAUGGAAGCUCCAUGGAGAGCGACAACAGCGAAGGGAGUCUGGAUAGUAGCGGAAAGAGGCGGAAACGGAAGCSGAACAAAUUCAAGAUUUAUAAUCAUGGAGCGGAUUAUUCGCAUGUACAAAGUAAAGUUGAUACAGGAGUUACUAMAUCCCCCGCGAAGUCGCCGAAAACCAAGCGAGCGCACGACGAGAAGUAUUAUUUGGGUGUCUGGAAGUCGAAUGGUGGAAAACCCUCUGAUGAAGAGAUCACAAAACUACAAGCACAACUCAAGGAGAGAGACAAGGAAAUCGAGAAACUGAGAAAUGAAAAAGAAGUACAGACGUCAGUAGUGAUUCACCAGCCAAACAGUCUAUCUAACAAAGUAGAGAUUGUCAACGAGCAAACUCCAGACACCCACGAGAAACAGUGUCAGACGGACGAUAGUYUUCUAUACAUUGAACAGUCUCCACGUGACAAACCUAAUGAGGUUGUGGUAGUCAUGGAAACACCAGUGAAAAAGGAAGAGUCCCCACGUGAAAAACCAAAUGACGUCAUCGUAGUUAUGGAAACACCGGUGAAGACGRAAUCGUCUCCAAGUAAAAAGCCUGCCAAAGGAAAGAAAAAUGCAAAAACGGAACCUAAAGAAAAUGUCACUGUGGUAGAAGUGAAAAGCAAGAAGAAAAAGAAAAAGAAAGAAGCAGAACCAGUUGUAAAAUCCCCAGAUGAAUGGCUCUUUGGGAAAUCUGACGACGGAAAGGAAAAGCAGGUUGAGAAGAAAGAUGUGAAUGUAAUCGUUGUGGCGCAAACAGCAGUGGAAGAAGAGAAAAAGGAUGAGCCUGUGAUAGAAGAAGAUAAGAAAACAACUGUUGUUUUCAUUCGACCUGAAGAAUCAAAGAAAAAAGAGGAGGAUAAGAGACAGAGCCAUGAUGGAAGUGUUACGAAUGUUAUCAUAGUUAGACCUGAUGACGCACAAGGAAACGAGGAAAAUAAAGAUGAUGAAGAGAAGAAAAAGAAAGAGGAAGACGAAACAAGAGAGGAAGAGAAGAAAAGAAGGGAAGAGGAGCAAAGAAUAGAAGAAGAAAAACGACAAGAUGAAAUGAGGAAAGGGGAAGAGAAAAGAAAGGAAGAAGAGAAACAAAAAGAAGAGGAAAAACAGAAAGAAGAAGAAAAACGAAAAAUGGAAGAAAAACUAAAAGAAGAGGAGGAAAGGAAAGAGGAGGAGAAAAGAAAAGAAGACGAAAAAAGAAAAGAAGAAGAAAAGCGACAAGAAGAAGAAAGACUGGAAGAAGAGAAACGAAAAGAACAAGAACUUAAAGAAGAAGAAGAAAGAAAAAGAAAAGAAGAACCGGAAAGAAAACAAGAGGAGGAACGAAAGAGACAAGAAGAGGAAAUGAAAAAAGAGGAAGAAGAAAGGGAAAAAGAACGAAAGGAACAAGAAGAAAAACAAAAAGAAGAAGAGAAAAMGAUAGACAAACCCAAUGAAGACAUUGAUGAUGAAGAAACCAUUCCAAUAAGACCACCUCAAAACACUCCUGCUAGUGUCGAUGGGCCCCARGAAGAGGACAACAAGAAAGACGACCAGAAGAAUAAAGAUGAUGCAAUAGAAGAGGAAGGAGAUAGAGAACCCGAGAAAGAUGAUGACGAUAACGAGAGAGAAGGCGGUGAUGAUAAAGAUGACGAUAAAGUUAAUGGCAAUGAUGACAAAGAUGAUGACAAAGAUGAUAAUGAAAACGAAGAUUACGAUGAUUAUGAUGCAAGCGGCACUGACGAUGGAGAUGGUGAUGAUAAUGAUACUAAAAAUGAAGAGGCACCAAGUGACCAGAAAGGGGACAAAGAGGACAAAAAAAAUUCUACAAAACCGAAGAGAAAACCAAAGAAACCGAUUGGUGGUAAACUGAACUGGAAUGCAGCAUCCAAAAUCGACACCUCUAGCGGMUACAAGAAAAAACCUCGCUCCAAAAUCAAGUCGUACAAGGUCGAUUAUUCCCACGUAAAGUCAAAAUAUUCCUACGGUGUUACWAAGAAGGAUCARGAUGAAAAGAAGGAAAAGGAAGAGAAAGAAAAAGAAAAGAAAAAGAAAGCAAGUAUCAAAGGAAAACGAUGGAAUCCCAACAGCACGAAUACCAAGAAGUAACUGGUUGAACUGGAGCCCUGCAACGUAACAUUGUUGAAGGAAUAAAAGACGUAGGAAAGGAAAAACACGACAUAACGUUAUGAAUAAGAUUUAGAACGUGUGUGGUAUGUGUUGUCAUAAAUCACAUGCCUUGAGCAAUCAGAAAGCUGGAUUUAAAAGAGAUAUAAUUCAAGUUCACCGAUCUUGAACUAAAAUAAAUGAAAAUUUCCGAAACAUCGAUGGAAGCGAGAAAGAACAAAAUAUAACAUAAAC